CGCGAUCAUUUCAUGCGCGCGAUGUUCAUUCAGCGCGCGCCGUUUCAGCCGCCCAGUCGAGCGUCGCCGCCGCCUCAGACGCCAACACCGCGCGUUUUAAACUUUACCAAACUUGGGUGACCCGAAGAACUUUACAUAGUGCCACCACUUUAGACCAAAACAACAAAAACCAAGAACAAGUGAAUUAAGAAUGCAUUAUCCACAAAACAUAAAAAUAGUGUUCGGAACGUUUUGCUAGGAAUGUGUAAAAUGAAGUGCGAAACAAGUGGCGCGGAUGUUAGUGUUAGAAGCCCUUGGACGCCAGUCUUGUGAACGUAUCGCUCAACGCCUUUGUUUGACAUUUACCCACCAUUAACUUAAUGGACCAGCCACACACAAAGCAAGCGCCUGUCUGAAAAGAAACUCGGAACUUAAUGAAAAGAUAAAAUACACCUCAGCCUACAGAAGAAACACUAGAUAAACGUCAAAAAUGAACGAAACAAUGAACGCGACUGAAUACUGCAACCUCGCGGUGUUUCAGGCUAAUAUGCGUGCCGCGCAUGGUUACCUCAGCCUUAUCGUUUGCAUAUUCGGUUCAAUUGCUAACAUCCUCAACAUUUGUGUACUAACCACUCGUGAGAUGCGCAUCCCGACCAACUUUAUCCUCACAGGACUCGCCGUGAGCGAUCUGUUGGUGAUGCUGGAGUAUAUCCCGUUCGCAUCACAUGUUUAUAUCAACUCUUCACACGCCCGCAAACACGUCGAGUAUUUUUCUUACCCCUGGGCGGUGUAUACGUACUUCCAUGCACUUUUCACACAAGUGUGUCAUUUUAACUCGUGUUGCCUCACGGUGAUGCUGGCAGUAUGGCGAUACAUCGCAUUGAACAAACCACAAAUGAACAAAAUCUGGUGUCAUCCAUACCGUACGAAACUAGCAAUUUUUGCUUCCACGGUCUUGUGUCCAUUCAUUUGUACACCGAUCUUCCUUGGUUCGAAUAUUAGAGGAUUGCAGCACGCUGCCUACGAGAAUGGCACCAUGGUUGCCGAAAAAGAUCUCACUCCAGAGACGAGAAAUCGCACUGAAACAAUAUACUUGCUCGAACUGAAGCCAGAAUACCAGCAGGUUACGUUUCUAAUAUACAGUGUCGUCCUGAAAUUAAUUCCGUGUAUUCUCUUGACGGUAUUGUCGAUAUUUCUGAUAAAGUCACUCUGGGACGCGAAGAAACGCUGGAAGAAUCUGUCUAAUAACACUGGUGUACUUGGUGAAGUCGAUGGACCAACAACGCAGAGAUUACGAAAAGAGCAGCAAGCAGACAGGACAACACGUAUGUUAUUGGUGGUAUUAUUAUUCUUCCUUCUUCCGGAGUUUCCUCAGGCUACAAUGGGACUGCUAUCAGCUGUUAUAGGAACUAAAUUUCGUGCAAACUGUUAUGAUAAAUUAGGUGAUUUAUUCGACAUAAUGGCACUGGCGAGCUCUUCAGUCACCUUUAUUCUCUAUUGUUCGAUGUCAGCGCAGUUCCGCACGGCGUUCCAGAAGAUGUUUAAGUUUGAUGUGUUAAGCGAUUUUCUCCGAAGGCGAAGGAACGCAGAUGGCGCUGAUUUGAACGGUAAGCGCGUCAGCAACACUGAACUCACCUGCAUGCCGGAUGAAAAACGACCGGUUAAUGUCGAAGCAAAUAUUCCUGAUAGCGCUGGUGUUCGUGUUUAAUCCACACACAAAAAAAUCUGAUUAAAAUCCACCGGCGAAUAACGAAUAUUAUGUGAUUUGUGAUGUAAAUAAGUUCACAACAAUUUACGAAUAGAAUUUAGUUUAUAAACAAAUACGUAGAUUAUUGAUACCAAGACGAUACUUAAUUAUCCUAGCAAUUAAAUCUAUAAAAAUUAAAAACAGCAAAAAAAUAUUUUUAUUUAAGACAAAAAAAAAACAAACAAAAAUAAUUAAUGUUCAAUAUUUAUCCGACCAUUUAAUAUUGUAAACAUAAUUUAUGAAUUGAAUGUUUGAUAAUGUUCCAUAUUGUUAAAAUAAAAAUCAUAUUGUCUUGAA